AGUCAGCUAAACAUGGCUGAGGAGUUGAUGGUAGUGCUACGGAGGAGUGAUUCUUGUGGUUUAGGUUUUUCACUUUUAGGCACAGCUGGAUUACCACCUAUAAUUUAUGACAUCAUUGAAAACUCCCCCGCUGCAGAGAGUGGUGAGGUAAGCAUCAGCCGGCGGAUCAGCGCUGGUGUUCCGGGCUGCUGCUGCUGCGGCGGCGCAGCCUUCCAGUACUGCAGCCUUCUGCUGGAACGCCGAGGGGUACUCUGGAAGAGGGGAGCGUAACGUACAGUCGCCAUUCUGCCUCUGCCAGAAUCGACUUGUUGUGGAGACUACAAAGCGAUAACCGGCCUCC